AUGAAACAAUGUUAAAGACUCUUCAUAAUGAUUUUGUUAUUUUCGGACACAUGGCAUCGAUUAAACUUUAUAUUUUGAAUUCUUAAUCAGCUCUACUUCCUCUACCGAAAGGACUUGAGACUAAAUGCGACAAGCAGUUAUGGGCACCUUGUUCACCAAAUAGAAUAUUGAUUUGAUUACGUUAUGAUGAGUUUGUUUCAACAUUGAGGGCGACACAAAUGAAAGGGCUGAUUUUGGCGCUCCAUGAGCUAAUUUCAGCAUCAAACUCUUGAUUUUAGGAAAUUUUUAUAUACCAGUUUGUGUAAAUCUGCAUCGGUUGUUGUGCAUCGAUUUCUGGCCACUACUUUCCUGUUUGUAUUGAGGGAACAAAAGUGCAUGUUCUAGAUAUUGAGGGGAGCCUGUGUACUGCACACCCCCAAAAUCUACACUUGUGGCCAACUGAAACGUAUUAAUGUCACACAGCUUCUCUAAGCCAAAGGUAAUCUGUAUUUCUGGGACAACUGGGUGUAGAAAUGACAGCAAUAUAAAUCAUUGCAAAAUAUUUUAGGUGUAUACUGACAGCAAUAAUCAUUUUGCUUUCACAUCAAGUUUUAUGUACAAUAUGAUCUUUGCUCUGUGUUGUAAACAGGGCCUAUAAACACAGUCCGAGUCCAAACCAUUCAUCUUCCAGGACCAAUCAAAGUCUGAUCUGAUAAGCCCUCUAUCUUAUGAACUGAAUGCACUAAAUGCCUUUCAGACAUUCACUGUCUCUGAGAGGUGAAAUGGCGCAGCGAGGAAUUCAGAUGGACCAGGAAAAACUCUGCUGUUCGAUCUGUCUGGAUCUACUGAAGGAUCCUGUGACUAUUGCCUGUGGACACAACUACUGUAUGAACUGUAUUAAAAGCUACUGGGAUGAAGAGGAUCAGAAGCAAAUCCACAGCUGUCCUCAGUGCAGACACACCUUCAUGCCGAGGCCUGCUCUGGUGCAAAACACCAUGUUAGCAGAUUUAGUGGAGGAACUGAAGAAGACAGGACUCCAAGCUGCUCCAGCUGAUCACUGCUAUGCUGGACCUGAAGAUGUGGCCUGUGAUGUCUGUACUGGGAGAAAGCUGAAAGCUGUCAAGUCCUGUCUGCAGUGUCUGGUGUCUUACUGUGAGCAGCACCUCCAGCCUCACUAUGAAUCCCCUGCCUUUGAAAAACACAAGCUGGUCGACCCCUCCGAGAAACUUCAGGAGAACAUCUGUACUCGUCACAACAAGGUGAUUGAGAUUUUCUGCCGCACUGAUCAGCAGUGUAUCUGUUAUCUGUGCUGCAUGGAUGAACAUAAAGGCCACGACACAGUCUUUGUCUCGACAGAACGGACUGAGAGGCAGAAAGAGCUCGGGGUGAGUCGACAAAACAUCCAGCGCAGAAUCCAGAACAGAGAGAAAGAUGUGACGGUGCUUCAGCAGGAGGUGGAGGCUAUCAAUCACUCUGCUGAUAAAGCAGUGAGGGACAGUGAGAAGAUCUUCACAGACCUGAAUCGUCUCAUUGAGAAAAGAAGAUCUGAUGUGAAGCAGCACAUCAGAUCUCAGCAGAAAACUAAAGUUAGACAAGUCAAAGAGCUUCAGGAGAAGCUGCAGCAGGAGAUCACUGAUCUGAGGAGGAAAGACACUGAGCUGGAGAAGCUCUCACACACAGAGGACCACACCCAGUUUCUACAGAGCUACCCCUCACUGUCACAUCUCACUGACUCUAAAGACUCAUCUCGGAUCAAUAUCCGCCCUGUGCGACACUUUGAGGAUGUGACUGCAGCUGUGUCAGAGGCCAGAGAUAAACUACAGGACUUUGUUAGUGAUGUGUGGACCAAAAUCUCACUGACAAAGACUGAAGUGGAUGUUUUGCUGACACAACCUCAGCCCAAGACCAGAGCUGAAUUCUUACAGUAUUCACGUCAGAUCACACUGGAUCCAAACACAGCAGGCAAUUGGGUCAGAUUAUCUGGAGGGAACAGAAGAGCAACAGAAAAUCAGCCAGGAUCUUUACCAGUUAUUCCUCCACCAGGUUCACGCAGUGACAUCAUCAGACUUCAGGUCCUGAGCAGAGAGAGUCUGACUAGACGAUGUUACUGGGAGGUGGAGUGGAGUGGAUCUGCAGUUUCAGUAGCAGUCACAUCUGCACAUAGGAAAACACCAGUAUAUGAAACUGCAUUUGGGAAAAAUGACACAUCUUGGGCAGUAUAUUGUUUGAUGAAUCAUUAUCAAUUCAGACAUAACCGUAUCAUCACUCCCAUCUCAGGCCCUCAGUCCUCCAGAGUGGGAGUGUACCUGGAUCACCCUGCAGGUAUUUUGUCCUUCUACAGUGUCUCUGACACCAUGACUCUCCUCCACAGAGUCCAGACCACAUUCACUCAGCCUCUCUGUGCUGGACUUGGUGUUUAUCAUUAUCAUAGCUCUGCUGAAUUGUGUGAUCUCAAGUAG